AUGACUUAAUUAAAGUAUUUUAAGCGCACAUUAGAAAAUGUUUUAUACUAAUGUUAUGGAUAAUCCGAAACACUGUUUCUCUAUUAUUAGUACAAUGCCUUCUAUUGA